ACGCCGAGCAUUUGUCAAGCUUCACGUGAACAAGCUCAAUGAACAACUCUAGCUGGUUAGCCAGUUGAUGAGCGUUCGUGUUAGAGGAGUCGGAAGCCCUUGCCUGGUCGGGAAACACUGCUUCAACAGGCAUCAUGGCGCAUUCACUGAACGAUGAUCAUAGAUUAACGAGCGAGCGUUUUGUGUGCUCAAGUGUUGAACUUCCAAGGUAUAGAACUCUUUGAAGACAAAACUGGGAGUACCAUGUGAGACAAGGAAACAUCGGGUGCAUAGGCAACAUAAUGCUUGUGUUUUAGGGUUGUUUGUUCCCUCAGCGCCCAUCACAACCCACCACUAUCAUUGUUCUCGAGUGGGAAAAGAUACGGAAACAUCAUGGAUCAGGACAAACGCACUGACACAUCGGAGGGUGUGGAGAUGAAGCCUAUGGCAGCAGCGGAGAACGCAGGAGAAGAGGAGGGAGACGGAGAGGAGACAGGCGCCGCCGCGAAAACCGACUCUGGAGUGCCACUCAGCCCGCUGACAAAGGACAUCACUACAGAGCCGAAGAGCAACAUUGGAGAUGAUGAGGAGCCGUUUCUCGACUUGGACAGCUCCAUGAAGAGCGAGAGCGAGUUUGCUUCUCACCUGGGAGCGCUACAGAGCCAGGACAAUGUUUCGUCGGGGGUGAGUACCGGGGUCAGCAGUAGCCUGGCCAACUCCCAGCGACUCACCAAGCCAACGUCAGGGUCCUUGUCAAACCAGGCCGACAUUCCUACGUCUGGCUUCGACGGUGCAUACGACCAGCCUUUCUGGGCAGAGGUUUCCAAAAAGGAGGACUUGGAGGGCUUGCCACCGAAGCUUGCAUUCCGCGAGGCCAGGUUGGACCGAAUCAUCAAGCAGCUAGGAUCAUCGGAGAAGGCGCUGUUCUUCAUUCUACGAAAGUGCCCGCUACAAGGAGAGACUCGUCAGCUUAUCAAUGGCAUCGUGUCACGCGGAGUGGACGUCAACACCCGUGAGAACCGAACUCUCAGCGGUCCCCUGCAUUUGGCGGCCGAAAGAAACUUUGUCCACGUUGCAAGACUGUUGCUGGACAAUGAAGCACCUACGCAAGCUGGAGGUGUUGGCGGAAAGCUCCCUGUGGAGAUCGCGUUGGAAGCCAAGAAUGAUGAGCUGGCUGCGGUUAUCAUGCGCAACAUGUCCAAAGCAAGUGUGCGAUUGCUCUUCGAAGGACAAAUAGCUGAAGAUGGAAGUGUCACACCGCCCUCGUUGAACUUUGCCGAGAUGGUCUCCUCGAGUGCUAUGCCGAACACAUGCAAGGCUAUACUGGAUUCCAUGCUGGAGGCGACCGAUGAACCGGACGAGUAUCGAUUUCACUACCGUGCUCUGGAGGCUGAUAGUGCAGGACAUUCACCCAACAUGCCCACGUUCAGCCAGACUGCAAAGACAGCCUUUCAUAGGAUACUGGAUGGAAAGAAUAAGGAUUUGCCUCGUCACAACGUUGUUCGCAUGCUCAUACAUAACAAGUGGUCAGCUUACGGUGAGAAGAUGGCCUGGAUGAACAUUGGCAUGUACUUCCUGUUCAUGGUUCUCGUCUCCUUCUCACUGGUGUCGGCCGCACGCCAGGUUGACCCGCGCAAAUACCGAGGAGCUGAGAACAUCAUCAGAGGCAUCUGUGAAAUUCUUUCCAUCAUCUGUAUCAUGCUAAAUGUCGUCGAGGAAGUCCGAGAAAUGAAGAGGGAACGUCUGGCAUACCUGAAACAGCCGUACAACUAUCUGCAGAUACUCUCCACGCUGCUGCUGUUGUUGAUAAUACCACUGCGUUGGACGGGAGUGACUGCGCAGUGGCAUCUUGCCAGCAUUGCCUACACGUUCCUGUGCUUGAGAAUGCUGCAGCUCAUCUCUGUUCUCAGGAUUGUCGGUAUCUAUUUGCAGAUCCUGACAAGAAUCCUCUACAAGGAUGUGUCUCGCUUCACAAUCAUCUUCAUCCUCUUCCUGCUGACGUACACCGGGGCAUUGCUGCUGGCCCUGCGCGGUGAACGGUGGGAGCCGGAACCCGAGGAAGGCGAGGCGAGUCCAACAGCUGGCGCAGGGGAUACUGCACAAGCGUCGGAACCGGGGAAAACCGGAACGGAGCUGGAUAUCACGAGACUAACAAGCUCCUAUCCUGAGAUACUGAUCACUGGUAUACGGACUAUGAUCCAACAGGAGUCCGUCGUCGACUACAUCAAUGAAGACAGUGCGCACAACUCGUUUGGCUGGUUGGGAAUCAUCAUCAACAUGCUCUUCCUGUUCAUUGUGCUUAUCGUGCUGCUAAACAUCUUGAUUGCUCAGCUAAGCGAUACAUAUGCCGAUGUGAAGGCGGAUGCACAGCGCGAGUUGGAGCAGAAUUGGGGUGUAUCACUUAAGAAUCUGGAGCAGUCGACAUCGCCGUUCAAGCGCCUGAGAUUCCAGACAUACAGCCACUACCAAGAUGUUGAACAUCCAGGAGAUACCCUGAUUGGCUGGGAAGAACCGGCGGAUGAGAACGAGCAAGAGGAAGAGCAGAGACGCCAGCGCCAGUUCGACCAGCACAUCCACCAACAGCAGCAGCAGAUCAUGGCACUGAAGGCUCAGAUGCGCACGGCCAUCAUCAUGCUGCAGAAGAACGAGGAGAUACCACCGCAGCUGCGCUCGGCACUGAACGAGCUUGUGCGCGACACACUGCCUUCAAUGCUGGGCAGUGUUGUGGACAGGUCAAGAGAUGAGGUGUUCACACGCAUGGAGCGCAACCAGUCUCGCCAGGACAAGAGCUUUUUACUCAUGCAUCACAGCAUGGGAGAGACAUCGAAAUCCCUCCAGAGCUAUGUAGGAGAACGACAUGAUGAAGUUGGUCAGCUACUGCGGUCAUUGACCACUCAGCUGCAAUCCACAGACAGUACUAUUACUGCCGUUAGCACUCAGGUUGAGGAGACGAUACCAGAGACCUUGCAAGAAAUGAUAUCCGUUGCCCACAGCAGCACUGUGGAGGAGCUGAGCGAAUUGAUCAAGUCCACAUACCAGCCCAAAUCCCAGCCCACCGGGGGAGCCACAGCUUCGGGUGAGCGCCGCUCCGCUUCAUCACCGCCGCCCGGUGAGCAGCCGCACGUUGUGUCACAGGUGCAGAGCAUCGUGGCGAAUGCACAGGCAGCGACGCAGGACAACAUCAAACUGGCACACAUUAACACCAUGCGCACUGUGGAGCAGUUUGUCACGCGCAAUAAUCAAACACUGAGCUCGCAGAUUUCCUCUGGCAUCGCCCAGCACAUGGCACAGCUACGGCACGAUCUGAUGCGCGAGAUCAGCUUGGAGUUUGAGCAGCGACAGAAGGCCUCCGACGAUGCGUUAUCGGCGCAGCUGCAGUCCAUCGCUGAUAUUCCGUAAGAAAUUCUUCAGGCGCGACCAAUGCUUUGCUAAUAUAUCGCAGGGCUGUUGUGUGGAAACAUCUAAAACGCCUCUUGCACACAAUCAGUGGUUGAAAGUCAAAAUGCUUUUGUCCAAGAAGUUGAACAGAGUACAUAUAACCACUAACUAGACAACCGCUUUCUACUGAGCAAUGACAUUCUGCGUGCCGUGCCAUUCGCAGUGUGUAGUGCACAGCGACUGCUUGUCCACGUGUGCACUGAGAGGAACCUUUAGAAUUUCAUUUCCAAUGUUGCCCGGUAACCGCCAACCAGUCCUCGCACAACGGCCAGCCAUGCUGGCAAAGUACUUGCACCAGCAUGCAGUGAGAUCAGAUGGUUUCACAUAGCAUUGCAUGAACAUUCAACAGGAAUGCACAAUACAUCGUUUAUGCUGUGCUCCAAGUUGUCUAAUCCUUUUCUUCUCAGACUCACACCGCCAAACAAUUAACUCAACCUUGCAAGCUUUCCUAUCUUCUUAGAAGCAAUGUGCUUCAUUUCACAUUUCCUUUAUUCUCUAUCUGUUUUUCUCACACUUUACUCUUCAAGUUUUCUCCCCCACAAUGUCAUACUCCAUCUACAUGAGGCUCCGCUGCUACUGAAAGGUUAUGUACAUAUUUUUCCGGGACUUCUACAUUUCUUCUACAAAGAGUAAAUUGCCGAUUAUGUAUUAUUCCUACGAGGCGUGAGUAACUCAAG